AUGCGCAGCGGCGGCACGCGGGGCCGGGGUCCGGCAGCGGCGUUUCCGGUCAACCCCCCUGCACAGCGCCGAAGGGUGGAAGAGACACCUGCACGACAACGCUGGACCCUCACCAGUACUGUGGAGGAAGUACUGCUGGAGGGAUUAGAUGCUGCAGAACAAAUGACGCUAAGCGACUUCAUCAGGAGGUACGUUGAUCCCAAUUUCGUGCUCGAUGAAGGCCGCAAUGUGAUGAUGGGGGUGGUUAUUCAGUGGCCUGAGGAUUGCAUCAGUGACGAGCGGCUCCUAGGAAGAAUUCUUAAUUCACCAGCGUAUCAGCGCCUGGAAGACGCACGCAAUCUACAUGCGGACGCACGCAAGCUAAUGGAGCACGAGGUGGGCAAUCUCCAACACUGGAAGGACUUUCAUCAGAAGGACAUCGUUGCUGCUAUUACGAGGAGGAAACUCAACGCCGCCCUUGAGGUGGCGGAGGUACUCGAAAGGGCGUGGCGGGUGAAGGAAAUUGCCAGACGGCCGUUGCCGGAGGGCUUCUACGACUCUGUGCUCAAGGCGAGGUGGAGCCACGUCUUGGGGUUUCCCGAGGGCGAAGGGGAGGAGGAAGUGGCGGUGCGGAUGGAGGUGAAGGCGGGCCAAGCGCCAGCACAGUCGUGGGAGUACAAGAUGCAGGGCACAACUCUUCGGCCGGUGAACGAUGCGGGGCAAUUCACCGCACCGCGCCCCAGGCUGAUGGUACUCACCUCGGAGAAGGGCUGGCCGUGC